AUGGCACCUCCAAACAAUCCCGCUAAUUCCAUUUUCAAUCUUCGCCGCUCUAGUAGUUUGGAGAAGUACUUUGAUUUGUCUAAUGGCAAGUUCAGUGUCAAAGGCUUUCCUUUGCUAUAUGAUGUUCCUAGCAAUGUCACUUUCACACCUUUUUCGUCUAUCUGUGACUCCUCAGCGUCUGAUGCUCCGCUUCCCCUGCUUCAGCGUGUCCAGGCUCUGUCUCACGAAGGCGGGUUCCUAGGAUUCAGCAAGGAUGAAUCCUCUGAUGGGAUGAUGAACUCUUUGGGUAGAUUCAUUGAUAGGAACUUUUUGAGUGUCUUCAGGUUUAAAACGUGGUGGUCUACACAAUGGGUGGGAACUUCGGGGUCUGAUUUGCAAAUGGAAACCCAAUGGGUAGUCUUAGAUGUCCCUGAAAUAAGGUCCUAUGUUAUAAUUAUACCCAUCAUUGAAGGGAGUUUCAGGUCUGCUCUUCGUCCUGGCAAUGAUGGCCAUGUCAUGAUCUUUGCUGAGAGUGGCUCUACUCAAGUCAAGGCAUCUUCUUUCAAUUCGAUUGCCUAUGUUCAUGUGUCUGAAAACCCUUUCAACUUGAUGAAAGAAGCAUUUAGUGCUAUUAGGGUUCAUCUUAAUACCUUUAAGCUCUUGGAAGAGAAAAAUGUCCCUUCUAUCAUUGACAAAUUUGGUUGGUGCACUUGGGAUGCAUUUUACUUGACCGUAGAACCAGCUGGUGUAUGGCAGGGUGUGAAAGAAUUUGCUGAGGGCGGUGUCUCACCAAGGUUUAUCAUUAUCGAUGAUGGCUGGCAAAGUAUCAAUCAUGAUAGUGAUAACCCCAACGAGGAUGCGAAAAACCUUGUUCUUGGUGGGGAGCAGAUGACUGCCAGGCUUCACAGAUUUGUGGAGGGCGAGAAAUUCAGAAAAUAUAAGGGAGGGUCCUUCUUGGGUCCUAAUGCUCCUUCAUUCAAUCCACAGAAGCCCAAGACGCUGAUCACAAAGGCCAUUGAAAUCGAACACGCCACCAAGGCUCGUGACAAGGUCCUUCAGUCUGGUGCCACUGAUGUUUCAGAGUUUGAAUCCAAGAUUAAGAAGCUGAAACAAGAAUUGGAUGAUAUGUUUGAAGGAGAUGAGAGCAACCUUUCAGGAGGAGGUUGUGGAAGCUGUGGCUGCAAGGCUGGUAACUAUGGCAUGAAGGCUUUUACAAGGGAUUUGAGAACCAAGUUCAAAGGUUUGGAUGACAUUUGGGUGUGGCAUGCUCUUUGUGGUGCCUGGGGUGGUGUUAGACCAGGAGUAGCUCACCUCAAUUGCAAGGUGGCCAAUUGCAAUGUCUCUUCGGGACUCAAGGGGACGAUGCCAGAUUUGGCUGUUGACAAAAUUAUUGAAGGUGGGAUAGGACUUGUUCACCCAAGUCAAGCUGAUGAUUUCUACGACUCUAUGCAUUCUCACCUUGCGAAAUCUGGUGUUACGGGAGUAAAAGUGGAUGUCAUUCACACUCUUGAAUAUGUAUCUGAAGAAUUCGGAGGCAGGGUGGAGCUUGCCAAGGCUUAUUACGAUGGGUUGUCAAAAUCGUUGUCAAAGAACUUCAAAGGAACUGGAAUUAUCUCCAGCAUGCAACAAUGCAACGACUUUUUCUUCCUUGGGACAAAGCAGAUAGCCGUGGGUAGAGUUGGUGAUGAUUUCUGGUUCCAGGAUCCAAAUGGGGAUCCUAACGGAGCUUUCUGGUUGCAAGGUGUUCACAUGAUCCACUGUGCUUAUAACAGUUUGUGGAUGGGUCAGAUCAUACAACCUGAUUGGGAUAUGUUCCAAUCUGACCACGUUUGCGCCAAAUAUCAUGCUGGAUCGAGGGCAAUUUGUGGUGGACCAGUCUACCUCAGUGACUCCCUUGGCUGUCACGAUUUUGAUCUGAUUAAGAAGCUUGUUUACCCUGAUGGCACCAUCCCCAAGUGCCUGCGCUAUGCCCUUCCAACCAGAGACUGCCUUUUCGUAAACCCUCUGCUUGACAACAAGUCCAUUCUCAAGCUAUGGAAUUUCAAUAAGUAUGGAGGUGUUAUUGGAUCUUUCAACUGCCAAGGAGCCGGCUGGGUUAGUAAGGAGCGGAGGAUCAAGGGCUAUCCACAGUGCUACAAGCCUGUCUCCGGCACUGUGCAUGUCACUGAUAUUGAAUGGGACCAAUGCAUGGAAGCUGCUGAAAUUGGUGAGGCCGAAGAGUAUGUGGUCUACCUUGACCAGGCCGAAAAACUGCUCUUUGUGACAUCAAAAUCUGAUCCGAUUCAAGUCGCUGUCCAACCAUCUUCAUUUGAGAUUUUCAGCUUUGUGCCCAUGAAAAAGCUAGGUCGCAUUGCCAAAUUCGCCCCUAUUGGUCUAACUAACAUGUUUAAUUCUGGAGGAACAAUUCAAGAAUUGGAUUACAACGAGGUUGGAGCCCGUCCUGCUGCUAGGAUCAAAGUUAAAGGUGGUGGGAAUUUCUUAGCCUAUUCCAACGUUCCUCCAAAGAGCUGUUAUACGAAUGGUGCUGCGGUGGCUUCUGAGUGGUCAGCCGACGGCAAACUGACGCUGAACCUUCCUUGGAUUGAAGAGGCUGGUGGAAUUUCUGAUGUAGUUUUUGUCUUUUAAUCUGCUGAUAUUAAU